AUGGCCGAGUCCCAGCUCAGCUGCCUAGACGAGGCGCACGUAAACGAGAGGGUGACCGAGGCGCAGGCCGCCUUCUACUACUGCGAGCGGCGGCGGGCCGCGCUGGAAGCGCUGCUGGGUGGAGGCGAGCAGGCCUACCGCGAGCAGGUCAAGAAGGAGCGGCUGCGGGACUUCCUCUCCAGCCAGGAGCGCCUGGCCCUCCGCGCCUCCUGGAGCCCCUACGAGGAGGCCGUCUCCAACGCUGGAAGCAAAACCAAGGCCAAAGCCCCAGCUGAGCCCAACGAGUCCCUGGCCUAUUGGCCAGACCGCUCGGACACCGAAGUGCCCCCGCUGGACCUGGGGUGGACGGACUCCGGCUUCUACCGCGGUGUAAGCCGUGUCACGCUCUUCACCCACCCUCCCAAGGAAGAGACGGCGCCGCACCUGAAGCAGGUGGUCAGACAGAUGAUCCAGCAGGCCCAGAAGGUCAUUGCUGUCGUCAUGGACCUUUUUACUGAUGGGGAUAUAUUCCAAGACAUUGUAGAUGCUGCCUCUAAGCGACGGGUCCCCGUAUACAUUAUCUUGGAUGAGACAGGUGUGAAGUACUUUCUGGAGAUGUGUCAGGGUUUGGAGCUUGCUGAUUUCCGCAUUCGGAACAUCCGUGUCCGCUCUGUGACAGGAGUUGGCUUCUACAUGCCCAUGGGGAAGAUCAAGGGGACUCUCUCAUCGAGGUUCCUGAUGGUGGAUGGGGACAAAGUGGCCACUGGAUCUUACAGCUUUACCUGGAGCUCCUCCUAUGUGGACAGGAACCUUCUCUUGCUCCUGACAGGGCAGAAUGUGGAACCCUUUGACGUAGAGUUCCGGGAGCUCUAUGCCAUCUCUGAGGAGGUGAACUUGUACCAGCACCUGGGUCUGGCAGGCAGGCUUGGCCUCAACUACUCCUCCACUGUAGCUCGAAAACUUAUCAAUCCCAAGUAUGCCUUAGUGGCAAGCAGCCGCCCUCCUCCAGGAGAGAUGAUGCGCUGGGCGGCCCGGCAGCAGCGGGAGGCUGAUAGCAAUGCAGAGGGACAGGAGUGCAAUGGCGGUGGUGAGUCUGCCCGGCGUCUGGAGAGCUUUCUGAAUGAUCUGGUUACAGUAGAACAGGUAUUGCCCACAGUGGAGCCCCUCCCCUCAAGAUUGCUGAGACCAAAGGAUGGCAGGACUGUCUCUCAGGUGCACACAGACCUGAGGCACAAAUCCCGAGAGGCACUCCCCCAGAAUGGCAAGGGAGAAGCUGCCAAUGGAGAGGCCACCCCAGCCAAGGAGAGCAGACGCUUCAGCAGCAGGAUCUUCAGCCGAAGAGUGAAGAGGUCUGAGAGGUCUGCAGUGCUGAACAACAUGGCGCCCUCCACUGAGACUCUCGCUGAUGUGGAGUAUCCUCUGGGGAAGAGGCCCAACGAGGGUUCCAGUGCCAACAUAUCAGGUAAAGGGAGUUCCAGGAUCACCAAGCCCAGCAACUGUGCCAUCUCCUGAGCUUCAGGGUAGUAGUGGGCAAGAUCUGCAGAUGCCCACCCAUCCUGUCCUGUGCUGCGGAGAGCAUGGCCUACACCCUGCACUUGUUUACACAUCAGACCCUAACCAGACCUCCUACCCUGCAGCCUCCAUCCUGGUCUUAAGGCCUGAAUCCUAGCUGGCAGGAUCUGAAGCAUCUCAGCUAUCACUGCCUCCAGCAGACUGCACGACUGGACAAGGACACUACCUUGUUGCACCAAAGAAGCCUGGCUGGUGUCUGCUCUGCUCUAUGCCAGCCCUCCUCCACUGGGCCAGCCCUGUCCUACAGGUCCUCUGGUGGGAGAAAGGCCAUUCCUUCUGCCUUGCUAGGACAGGAUUCCAAGGCAGCCCCAGCCACUUGGCUUUUCCUCGUACUUCUGGUGAUGUCUAGUUCCCCGUACCCCCAGAGGUUGGUGGGGAAAACGGGGAAGAAGAUAGGACUCAGAGCCAAUCUUGCUCCAGCCUUGAAACUCCAGGUGAGAGAUAGAGCUGGAAUAGCAGGGCCACUGGCUAUUGUAACCUUAGGGACACCCAUUCCUGCUGACGCCUGAACUAGUCUCCGAGUGGAAUGGGGUGGGGAUGGGGAUACUUCGGCCUCCUUCCAGCUAGUGGCAGGAUCCGACAGUGGUGGUGAAGAGCCCCCUUCCCUCCUGCACUGUCGUAGCAAGCCUGGCCUGAAGGCCCUGGGGCUCUGCAGAGUGCCUUCCCCAAUGCCUGCUCUUUUCAGUAUGGUUUCCUUUACAGCUCUGUGGAGGAUGGGGCUGCAGGGGAGGAGGCUGGGCCCAGGGGACAAGAGCAUUUGUGUUUCCUCCCUGCCGGUUCCUCCCUGAGCAUUUAGGUGGCCUUCUUUGUACACUAGGUCAUCCUCAGUGAAAUUUCAGCCAACGACCAGCCUGAACCACCUGCAAAAUGUCAGGCUGUUCUUAAAUGCCUCAGUUUCUCUCCAACUGUGGCCUAAUUACCACAGUAGUACUGCCAAGAUGACCAGCCCCACUGUCACCUCUCUACACAGUGAACUGUGCAGGCUGAGGGAAAGUGACCAUUGACACGGGAGACAUUGUCUAACUGCAGACAAUGACACAGGGGCAAAGGGCCUCUAAACCAAGCCCUUGUCCCCUUUUCUUUCUGAAAGGCCCUUGGGUACCCCUAGUCCUGGGAGGGACACAGGCAUCUGCAAAGGCAGCUGGUGAGAGGCAGGGAGGGGGCGCUGUAAGCUGCAGAAGCACAUGGUGGCCUGUGCCUGUGUCUGCCUCCUGGCUGAUGGGGAAUAAGAGGGGAAAUUAGGAAUGGCCUCAGCCCAGAGUCCCCUGUGUCCUCCCUGAGGUUAGGCUCCGGGAGGGGGCAAGGUUCCCCUGUGGCUUCCCAAGCCUUUGUAAGAAUUAAACACUUCCGGUAAGUGCUUCCUGAUACAA